AUGGAGCGGAGCGGCAGCGGCGAGAACGGCACCGGGAGAACCGGGAACGGCACCGGGAACAUCGGGAAUAACUCCGGGAAUAACUCCGGGAAUAACUCCGGGAGCGGGCGGGCAGCGCCGCCUGGCGGUCUCGGGCGGGCAUUGCUGUGCCUGGCGGUGCUGCUGCUGCUGCCCCCGGCCCGGGCACUGCCCACCCCCGACCGGGCACUGCCCACCCCCGACCGGGCACUGCCCACCCCCGACCGGGCACUGCCCACCCCCGACCGGGCACUACCCACCCCCGACCGGGCACUGCCCACCCCCGCCCAGCGCCUCAGCAGCUCCCGGCAGCUGCUGGAGGCCGCCAACGCCGCCCCGCAGCGGCUGAAGGAAUCCAACACCCUGGGAUUCGAAUGCACCCUUGAGGAGGUGGAUCUGCAGGACAUCACUGAGAACCAGAUCAACACCCUCAGAGCCUGCACAGCUGAGGAUCCAGGGCCCGGAAAUUGCCCAGUCCUGGAAAAAUCAACUUUUGACGAGGGAAAAUGCAUGCAGGGCAUUUCUGAGGACGUGAGAGCCUACAGGGCUCAGCUGAGGAGCCUCCCUGACCCCCAGCUGCUGGCAGCUCUCGAUGGGAUGGUGGAGGUCCUGGGCAGCAGCACCGGGCGGGAUCCGGAGGCGCCGCUGGGAUCAUCGGGAUCAUUGGGAUUAUCAGGAUCAUUGGGAUCAUCGGGAUCAUUGGGAUUGGGAUCACUGGAACCAUCAGGACCUUUGGGACCACCGGGACCUUUGGGAUGGGCGCCGUUCCCGGAGCGGCUGCGGCUCUGCGGGAUGCUCCAGGCCCUGCGCAUCCGCAGCGUCACCAUCUCCAGGGUGCUGAGCUUCCUCAGCUCCCCCUGACCCCGGGACAUCCCGGGGCAAAACACCCACCCAGCAGCCCACGGAAUUCCCACAAGUUGUGCCUUUUAGGCUUUGUUAAAUUCCCGGGGUUUUGGGAUUUAGGCUACAUCUGAGCACCAAAAUGUUCCUAAAUCUGAUUUAUCCGCAUUUAUUCUGCUGAUUCCUCAGGAACUGAGAGCUGUUCUUGAUCAUUCCUUUUCCUGGGGAUCCCUUCCAGCUCAGGAUAUUCCAUUCCGUGAUUUCUUUGGGAUGACAUUCCAUUCUGUUCCCUGAUUUUUAUGACGAUAUUCCUUGAUUAGAGAUUCCAUUCCAUUCCAUUAUUUAUGAUGAUAUUCCUUCAUUUAUGAUGAUAUUCCAUUCUAUUC